AUGCCUGUGUUCAUCGAGGCAGCCUCUCUGGCAAACAUCUUUGACACAGAGAUCAGAGAUGAUGGGUUGCUAAACUUCUGGGAAGGGGAGCUGCUGAAGGUCACAGGUGUCGGGAUGGUGGGCAGGGAAGGGAGAGACCAAGCAGAUCUCCACAAGCACCCUGGGUUCUUUUUAGGCGGCACUCCACUAUUUCAUUUAAAAAGAAAAGGAGUCCGCUUCCCCAGGGAGGUGGCAGAGGGCAGCGGAACAGCCCCUUGCGCUUGGAAAAGUAACGCCAGUGUCCAGCCAACAGACCAGGAGACACUGGAUAAGAAAGCAGGUGAGGUCUCCAUCAGCACCCUGGGCCUGAUCCUCGGCGUGGGGCUGUCUCUGCUGCUCGUGUCCAUCCUGGGCUACAGCCUGGCCAAGUGGUACCAGCGCGGGUACUGCUGGGAUGGGCCUAAUUUUGUCUUCAACUUGUACCAAAUCCGGAACCUGAAGGAGCUGGAGAUGGGUCCACCCUUCACCAUCAGCGGCCACAUCGGCAGUCCGGAUGGUGGCUACACGAAGUUCUCCAACAGGCUAGUCUGAUGAGAGGUGCAUCAGCCUUCAGGAGCCUCUCAGACAGAUAUGGCUGCUGGCCCAGCACCAGCCUUCACCUCCCUCAAGGCCUGGCCUGCUCUCACUGUGGGCAAGAGGACUCUUCUCUGGGAGCACCACCAGCCUGCGGGGGCAGAGUCCCCAGGAGAGUCGGGCCUCUGGACACGGAGUCCGGCAGAGUAGCAGCGGCCUUCUCACGGAAACUAGAGGCAGCUGCUUCUCAGGGAGGGAGGACUGACUCCCGGGAGGCCCCUGGGCCUGUGGGUGGAGCUCUAGGUGUCCUGAAGGGCAGAGCCCUCGCAGGGUGGACAGGGCUUGGAGACUCCAGAGGGGAGGUCUGCAUGGGUGUCCCCAGUCACUUCCCCUUGCAGGGCUGACCCCAGGGGCUGGGAAACCAGUCAUAUCCUCAAAAGGCAAAGUCACGUGGGAAUGGUGGUGAUUCCAGACUGUUUUUAACCUUCCUAUCAGAAGUCAAGUUCCCGUAAGAGCUGAAGGCUGGGCUUGGGCCUUUUCUCUGCCUUAUCCCCGCUGUGCCGGGUUCUGGCACUUUCAGCCGUCCCUGACGCUCCCCAUCUGGGUCUGCUUUCCCUGCUGCUGACCAGCCUCAGCGACUCACAAACAAUUCUGAGGCAGUGCUUAGAACAAUUGAGAAAUGUGCUCUUAUUUUUCUAGGACCCUGUGAUGGGGUGGGCAUGGGGCAGGGGGUUCUCUAUCUCCCAGUGCUCUUUAGGCCCUGGGCGAGGCCUGCCCUGGGAUGGGGAAGGUGGACCAGAAGUGGUGGGAGUGUUGGGGAGGAAUCCAGUCGAGCCUGCAGAAACCAGAUAAUGCACCUGGGAAAUCAAGAGCCAAGCGCAGCUCGGUGGGUGGCAGGACACCGAGUCAUCCCUUCUUCCUCUGCUCUGUGCCCUACUGGGCCUGAGGUGGAGUCUGCACUGGGAUGGCAUCUUAGCGGAUGCUUCCAAGCACAGUUGUUCAGUCCAGACGGGCUGAGCUCCUGGGGCAGCUGUGGGUGGAGCAGGGCCUGGAGGGGCGCCGCCACCCCCAGAACCUGCAGUUAGGAGAGCUCCCAGUCCCCUGUCUUCCUGCUGAUGUCCCAGCAAGACGCGGGAGCCCAGGACAGUGAUAAGUGAGGGGGAGAGAAGUCCUACUACUUGCCCUCCUAUACUCUUUCCUGAGGCUGGUUUCUUUCUUGCUUUGGAUAGUAGAAGAUUGCAGGGUAAGGGAGGAGAGAGAGGGAACCUGCCAGCUCCCACCCCACACUUCCCACCAGGCCUGGGGACCAUUUUGCCCGCGUAGCCAGGCUCUGACUUAAUCAACCAUGUCUCUGGAUUUGGAGGUCUUCAGCUGGGUCCCAAUCUUCUGUCCCUGAAGAGGCGGGGGUGGGAUAGAACCCCCAGGGGCUCUGGACCCUCCCUCCCUUGAUGGCCUAGUGGGGGAGGAGCGGGCCGAGGAGAUGGGCCAACCGUGGCAUCCUUCCUCCUUGGUUCUCUGUUCUGGGGGCCGGGCCCCUUUCCUUAACCCAUGGGAUGUCCAGCCUCAGUAAAACUCUCAACCAUGCCCUGCUCAGCAUGGACCCCAGGUCUUCAGUCCAUGCAGGGCCCCUCUAAGCCCCCUGGAAGUGCUCAGGGCCCAGCUGCCUCGGGGAAACCUGAGAAGACGGGGCCCAGGGCCCGCGUGGUCCUGCCUGGUCUGGGUGGCUUCAGGUGAGGAGACCGGGACAGCUGCUGACGCCUGGGAGCACCGAGGGUAUUUCCCAUCCUUGGCAGAGGAACUGAGACUGGGCUACUUCCUCUUUUCGGGUCGUCUGACGUGUUCCCUGUCCUCUCUGCCUCCCCCUCUUUUCCCUGACUUCCGCAGUCCUACUGGUGAGCACAGCUUUCUUCACCCUUGGGCCCCAGCCCCCACCCUAGGGAUUCUCCAUGUUUCUAAUGAGGACCCUAAAGUGGCAGAUCUGGCUAGUUUGGAGAUGUGUAGGGGGCAGAGGCCCAGAAAUCUGGCUACAUAUCUGGUUGCGCUGGGCACUGCCCUAGCAUCCGGAGCCAGGCCAUGCAAGGGCCUCCCUGGGAGCCUCCCUCUCCUCUUAGAUGUUCUCCAUCCCACCGGCCCUCAGAGCCAGGACACAGUCCCAGGAGCCAGCAGCUCUCUAGGCUGGCAUUCCCUGGCCUCUGCCACCCCCUUCCUCUUUGGUGCCUUUGCUGGGGCUGCCUAGAAUGCCACCCACCUCCCUCAUCUAUUCUCCGUGGUCGGCUCAAGUCUCUUUCCUAUCACUUCCCUCAUGAUUCUAGACUCGACGCCCCCAUUUUGGUCCUAACAAUAGUCACAUUUUUCUCCAUCUGUGCUGUUCCCCAACCAGGCUGAGCAAUUUGUGGGCAGGGUUAUGUCCCAUAGGUCUUUAGUAACCGUUAAAUGGGGAGCACAUAGGAGAUGCUAAAUGUAAGUGCCGGCUAAAGAAACAGGCAUGGAAGAAACAGCUGGUGUGGCCAUGGAAGGCUGCCUCACCCUAGAGAAACAUGCCCAGGAGAACUGAGGAGCAGAAGCUGCCUACGCAGCACACAGUCUAAAGAGUACCAGGCAUUUCUGGGCACAUCACCACAUCCCAAGCAUCACGGCAACCUUGUGAUAAGGGGGUGUUCACUGGCCUUAUUUUAUGUAUGGAGAGACUGAGGCUCAGCGAGGUAGCACACGCUGCUUAAGGCUGCACAGCCAGCCACUGACUGUCCUGGGGUCUCACACAUGUGGCCUGACUUCAGGGCUGCACGGGAUGAGGACUGCACACUGUAGAACAGGGUCUGGUCUUGACGGCCCUGCCACGCUGUGUGGCCGUGGGCUAGCCACUUUGUCACCCUGGGCACAUAUUUCAGCAUCUGGAAAUCAAAGGAUUGGACUAGUUCUCCAAAGUUCUUCUUUUUCACUUGAAGGAGAAAAAGGAUCUUACCUGUUUUUUUCUAGGAAAACCUCUAUAUUCUCAGUGCAUAGCAUAGGACCUGGCAUAUAGCAGGCAUUCAAUAAACAAAAGAUGCAAGCACCAAGUGUAGUCCUGACGUUAUAACUUAGGAGGUGGCCUUUGAAAGGUGACUCGCACAGGCCUUCAGACCCCAAAGGUCUAGGAUCCUGAAUAUCACUCAGCUUUCCUUUGACCUCGGAUGAGUCAGACCGGCACCCAGGACUGAACCAUUCCCAGCAAACCCUUCUUCCCGCGGAAGCUGAACAGUGACGUUUGCAGGGUGGGCGCGCCACCCUCACAGGCGAAGGUACAGAGGCUCAGGGUCUGGGGAAAUGAUCUGCGUAAGGCCAGGCAAGAAUGGACUUUCAUUAUGAUCUUCGCCACCCACGUUUAUCCUCUGCCCGAGCUGGCAGCUUCCCUGAGCUCCUUGACCCCCAGGGGAGCAGGCUCCUCCCUUUGCCGAGUCCCCUGGUGUGGGGAGGGGGCUUCUCCGCAGCCUGGGCUCCCAAGACCCUGUCCUCAGCUCUGAACUUCUCACUGACACACUCUACAUUCUUCCUUUUAUUUUUCAUACCCCCUUUGGUGUCCAAAGCAUCAAAUUCUGCCCAUUCUUUAUGCCAGCUCAAUUCUCACUUCCCCAGGGAGCCUUCUUCAAGGCCUUAUUGUCUUCUUUUAAUUAUUACUUAACAUUUAUAACAUGUUAUGAAAAUUUAUAUAUAAUAUAUGUACUAUAAAUUAGAAGUGCUCUCUGGCUCCCAUAACUUAAUUGUUGAUUAUUCCCUUGUAUCCAUUCAUUCAUUCAUGCAGCUUCUAGAAUAUGCCAGGAACUGUACUAGGCACCCAGUUUCUCUCGAGACUAACCUUGCUCUCUCCUGAUUGAUGGGCCCUUUUUGCAGGCAGACUUCAGGCCUUCUGCCUCCCCUGAAUUCUCUAUGGUGCCUAGUAUGGCUCUUGCCAUAGCCAGGAACUUUUCAGGAAACUAGGUUGAAGGCUUCCUCAGUCUCUUCAGGGAAUCUUGGGCUGUGCCUUGUCCCAGGUCCAAUCCUGGGUGCUCUGAAACCAAAGCUUUUGAUUUUUCUCUUCCCACUUCCCAUCCUCAAUUAUGUUCAACCCUGUGAUCAUCCUCAGAUAGAGUUCUGGAGACAGAGCCCGCAUAGACAGUGGCUUUUUCUAUUUAAGGUGUAACCUAAGGCGUGGUCAAGCCCACGGAGGGGCUGGGCAGGUGAGAAAGGGGCUCUGCUCUUCCGUAGGUUCGCUUUCUGUCAUAAUGACCUUGCUUUGAGCCAGUGGCUGUAGAGGGACUGCCAUCUACGGUGUCCCUCACUCUGCCCCAGGGAUCUGAAAACUUCAAAAUGGGAGCAGAUGAGAAUAUCAUUGUUAUUUUUAAAAAACUGCUUAGUGAUCAAAAACCAUCUAAAAGGAUGAUAUUUAACCAGAUCUGGUACAAAACAGGAAGCUAGUGGCCUGGUGAAUUCUCACAUUUGGGGACCAGAAGUGAAAAUGUUUUGCCUGCCCAGAGAGCAGCCGGCCACCAAAAUAGCAGGUGGGGCGGCGCGGGAGGCUGAGGCCUUGGUGGGCUCCCAGCCUCCUAGACUUCUGCCUGCAGAGCUGUGGGAAUUGCCCCGCUCCCUGAAGCCUAGCAUGAGGUUUCUCCCAUGUAGGCAGGGACCUCCCGGAGGGAGGUGGGUGGAAAAUAUAAGAAGCGGCUUCUGUUCUAGCCCCACUCGUUGGUGGCCCAGGUGACUUGUUUGUAUCAGGCUGCAGUAGGACUUGAGGAUGCUGAGGUCACUUCCAG